UCAUAGUACCUCAAAAAUCCACAAUCUACUUAAUACUUUAGGUCUUUGAUGGCUACUCCAGCACUCAGUCUCACAAAAGAAAGACCACGAAAGCAAAUGCUAACAAUAGAUGCAAAGAUGAGAUGCAAGUUGAUGCUUGUUUUAGUUCUCGGAGUUCUAGUGCGAACUUCCUCUGCAAGGAAGCUUCUGGGGGAUACAUUAUUACCCAAUUUACCUAAUUUCAACGGUGGAUUUGACCAAAUUUUAGGAGGUCUUGGCAGCGGCGGCGGCGGUGGUGGAGGUGGAGGAGGAGGUACUAAUGGUGGAUUUGGUGCUGGUUUCGGAUUUGGCGAGGGUCAUGGAUCAGGUGCAAAUGGCGAGUUUGACCAAAUUGUAGGAGGUCUUGUUGGUGGUGGCGGCGGUGGCGGAGGUGGAGGCGGAGGUGGAGGUGGAGGAGGUAGUGAUGGUGGAUUUGGUUCUGGCUUUGGAUAUGGCGAGGGUCAUGGAUCGGGUGCAAAUGGUAGUGGUGGCGGUGGUGGAGGGGGCGGCGGCGGCGGCGGCGGUGGUCAACAUGGUGGUAGUGGUUUUGGCGCCGGAGCAGGAUGGGGACAUGGUGGUGGUGGCAAUUGAUACCACCAUAUGAUCAAGAAAUUCCUUUUUUAUAUAACAAAUGAGAAUCAAAUUAAAAGCAAGUAAUUUGCUAUAAGGAUUCUGUUUUUCUCUUAAUUAAUUCCUAAUUAUUAUGGCCAGUUGUUAUUGAAUAAACAUUUUGCUAGUGCAAACUUUUUGAUUGUUAGAACAUGGUACCAAUGUUUGAAAUGAUGUACCUCUACUCUUGCUUUGUUUUCAGCGCUUUAUUAAAAUAAUGAUACAAUUUUUUAAGCCCCGACCAAAUAGUCCAGUGACCAAUUUCUUUUAACUUCAAAUAAUAAACUUACGAGUUUAAACU